AUGGGCCUGUCCGCAGCGUUCAACGUGCAGCUGCACGUGCCCGCGCUGCGGCCGGAGGAGGUGGCGCGCGUGCUGCGGCAGCAGGAGUGCUUUGAGCUGCGUGACAUUCCAGAGGCCGUUGACGCCCUGGGCACGUACUGCGGCAAGGAGGUGCCCAUCAAGAAGCUUCUGCUGUGGCUGGAGAUGGCGCGCCAGGAGCUGCCAGACCCCACGGCCAAGAUACCUCUGGCGGCCUGGCAGACCGUGCUGCAGGACCUCUCGUCUUGA